CAAGCCUAUCAGUUCCUUGUGUAAUGUCACUGACUCCAUUCACAGGAACAAGCACAACCUAUUGCAGCAAAUACAUCCAUGCUUGUUUCAUUUGUACCUGCUCGGAGAUGAGGAGCUGUUUUGUCGCUAGCAAGUGCAGUCAUCUUGGUUUCUAUGAGUUAAAACUGCAAGAAAUGAGAAGUUGGAAUUCCAUCUUUGGUGGAACUUGGCUAAAGCGUUUCUAGUUGCCAACUUUUACUGUGUCGUGUGAAUAUCCAGCAUCCAGAACAUAGCAAAGUGAGUCCCAGUAAUUAAACCUUGCCAAUUUCACCAGUGAGUUUCCCCUCCAGUUGACGAAGUGAUCAAGAGCCGUGGAGCUCGUUUCUUCCCAGGAUUUUUAGAGAGUGUCUUCUGUUGCAGGACACUCCUCUAACAAUGGCCACUUUCGCUUGUUCGAUAGCUGCCUUCGUCCCAGCGGCCAGCUCAAGCUACCACGCGCAUUACAAUGACGGAAACCAUAGAAGCGGUCACUUUUUGGCUAUGUCGCGCAAGGGGACUAGGGUUCAGAGCCAAUCACUGUCGUCAACUCUUCGGAUAAACACGGUGCGUAUAGUCAUACUAACUUGCAACGCUGCAUUACCAGAAUCGGAUCAACCCCCGAAGGAUUUGCAAGUUCCGAGAGAUUGGACUUCACCCUCAGUUGCGGCCCAGGAGGCAGAGUGGCUGCGAGGAGCACUGCACCAGUGGCUAGACGACGAGUACUGCCCAGAGCCAGCGAACGAGGAGAUCAGCAAGCGAUGCUCCACAGCGUACCUGCGUUGCUUAACCGAGGGGCAGGUCGACAUGGGCGAGAUUCUGAUGCAAAUGGUGCGGGCGUUGGAGAGCUUUUCCUUCAAGGAAAGCUUCCACGGCGUUUUCAGCUCAGCAAACGCAGCCAUCGACCUCAUCACUAAACGCAUGAAUGACGCACACGACAGUUAAAAACCAAGGUCUCUAGCUUCCCACUGCGACGAUCGUUGCCUCCAAAUCUUGCAACAAGCAUCAAAAUUUCUCGCUUGGAUUAUGCUCUCACUCGAUACAGGAUCACUACCACAAUGGUGCCGGUAGAGGACAGACAGACACCCUAGUAUCCUCUUGUGUUGAUUACUUUGUUUCUGCAAAUAUAUGUUCACUUUUGCGUUGUUGUUGGUUCUAGCUCAUAAGCAAUAUUGUUUGUGUUUGCAACCCUGCCUUUUGCAAAAGUAGUUGGAACAAGAGCUGCAGAAUAUGUAUUUGUGUGUUGCAAUUCUAGGUGCAAUUCAUGUAAGAAUCUGAAUAUGGUCCAUUUGUAAUAAUUGAGUACAGUCACAUUCAAUAUUACUUUUA